AUGGAGGACAGAAACGGAGAUAACGCGGAGAAAACCUUAGCUAAGAGAGCCAAAAGUGAAAGAAAACUGAUAUCAACAGAUGCAUAGCUAAAGAAUUGAAAUUAAUUGCAAUAGUUUUUAAUAGUUUCAACUGUGAUGAAAACCUCAGAGAGUGUAGAUUCCACAGGACACUAAAAACUUGCGUACUACUCAUUGAACGCCUUCGUAUAAAAAACAUUUCUUUGGUAAUUUCCAAUUGUUCGUGGUCACCAUCUUAACUGUCAAGACAGCAAUCAGUGGUACAAAGAUGGAAAGGAUCUCAUUCACCACAACCUAAUGGAGGCAGAAAUCAUGCACCCUGCUAAGAACGCCAUCCUCUUCAUGGGAGAUGGCAUGGGCAUCACAACCACGACUGCUGCAGGUAUAUUGGACGGACAGAUGAAAGGCAAAACAGGAGAGGAUGAGAAUGUGCUGAGCUGGGAAACGUUUCCCUAG